CAGUGCUGGUCGGCUAGCUAGUUCAGAGGGACACCUCAACCAUGGGCAAAACACACCGUAAACACGACACACGCCCGUUUGACUGUCCUAUAACUACAAACGUCGUUUUGUCCUUACUGUGUAAUGUGAUGUUACGCAAGGUUCGUCGGUGUUUACUCCAAAUUUUAAGCGGCGAAGUCUGUCACUUUGCGUUCAACCUGCGCAGCCGGAAGUUCCGCCUCCUCAGCCAAUCACAUCACAGCAGCAAGUGGAGCGUUUAACCUAGUUAGAUCAAGUCAAUACGCUGGCUGUUCGUGACAUGCUGCUGCGUUUGGGCUCCAUCUUGCUGCUGCUCCUGCUGGCAAACCUCGGAAAGGCAAAACCUCUAGUGUCUACUAAAGACAAGGAUGUAGACUUGGACACAUCAUUGUUGACUGAUGGAGAGCCAUGCGGGGUCUACACUCAGACCUGUGCCAGAGGUCUGCGUUGCGUCCCUCCUGAAGAUGACCCCAGACCGCUCCGCAGCUUGCUGGAUGGCAAAGGAUCCUGCAGGAACAUCAGCAGCAUAGAGUCAACAGCAGCGGUCCUCACUGAAGAUUCAGAAACCACCGUGGUGCCAGAAGAGGCUCCAUGUCGGAAAGCGCUCAUGGCGCUUCUCAAAGGAUUCGACGGUCAAUUAUUUAAACCCCAUCAUGAAGUUUACCUCCCAAACUGUGACAAGCAAGGUUUCUUCAAAAAAAAGCAGUGCUGGUCGUCCCGAGGGAAGCAACGUGGAAAGUGUUGGUGUGUGGACGAGGAUGGAACGCCAGUGACCUCACCCAGCAAACAUAAAGGAACCUUGGCGUGCUAAGAUUUUUUUACAUCUACGAACUGCGUAAUCAUGAUGAAGGAACAUCACAGAGCCAGAGAGAAUGACAUCAUAAAUACUUCUCUGGAAACCUCAACAGCCAGAUUUUGACCUCAGCAGCCUCUACUGAACCAACAACGCCAUUUUUUUAUAAACCUUUUUUUUAGUCUGUUAUAUUUAAGUAUGCAGCAUUAUUGUCUGACUGGUUUCACAUCAUAAGAGCCAA